UCUCUAUUAUUUGCCUUUCUGGAGGGCUUGGUGUUCACUCUAAUAGUUUUGCCCAUCUCACUCUUCCCCAGAUUCCCUAGAAGAAGAGUUUGGACGGCAUGCAAAGUUGUGAAAUAUCUUCAGACAGCACUGAUGAUCCUCUUAGUAGUGCCUUACACAGACAACGACAACCACGAAUAGUAGUAAUUGGCGCAGGCUUGGCUGGCCUUGUCACCACCAAAACCCUCUUGGAGAGCGGCUUCACCAAUGUCACGGUGCUAGAAGCCUCAGACCGUAUCGGAGGCAGAGUGCAAAGCAUUCAGCACGGUAAAACCACUUUGGAACUUGGAGCAACCUGGAUCCAUGGGGCAAAUGGGAACCCCGUCUACCACCUGGCUGAGGACAAUGGGCUGCUGGAACACACCACAGAGGAGGAGAGGAGUGUGGGCCGCAUCAGCCUCUACACCAAGAAUGGUGUGGCCCACUACCAGACCAACAAUGGCAGGCGGAUCCCAAAGGACCUGGUGGAGGAGUUCAGUGAUCUGUACAAUGAGGUAAUGGAAGAUAGCCAGUGUCCUUUUGGUGGAACCUUUUGGUGUAGCCUCCUGUGGAUUAUAAGGCUUGAAUAA